UAUAUAAAUAGCAAUGAGUUCAAAACUCCUCCUUACUGUCUUUAACAUGGUGUUUAUAAUUGCAUUCACAGACAGGAUGACAGAAGCAAAAUGCACGUUUGGCACGCGGAUGCCAGUAGACAUCCACAUGCUGAACGAAAUCAUAUACCGAGAGGUGAAGCACUUCAAGAACUACAAGACAUACCGCCCUAACUUCGGAUCUAUCCCCAUAACUGGUAAGUUCUACGCUGCUCACGACCAGCACAAGGCCGAAAGUGAAGAACACGCCAAGAAGGUGGAAGACUACCACAUGAACGUGGCGCAGGCCAGGGCCAAGGGACCUCGCAGCAAAUACAGCGCGCCAGCUACUGAGAACCAAUCUUACGGCUGGUACCACAAACCCCUGGUACCAAUGAACCGCAGCGACCGUCGGUUCUACCAUCCGUUAAGAGAGAGCAAACAGACCAAGAUAGAAAUCAUUAUACUCAUGGCCAAUCCCAAACAUAAAAAGACGGAAAAUAAAUAGAAAACAACACAAAAAUAUUUUCCAAAAAAACAGGUACAUUCUAUGGAUCCUGGUUACCCAUUGGAAGAGCCAUACUCCAAUAUGAAU